GGCCUAUUUGUAUUUGGUCUGGUCAUUCGAUUGCGAACCGGAGAGCCUUUGACCAUAAUACACUGCAUCUUCCCUACCAAAAGCAAACCCGAGGCCAACCGAACCUAAAGAGCAAGCCGACGUUGUUAGGGUUUAUCAGACGCCCCAAUCCUUCGGCGUCAUCUUAUAUGCUAUAGCAUUAGCCUCCAUCCACUUAGUUCUUCCAAUUGGAUUGGGAUUGUGACACUUCCAAUUACCCUGAUUACUGAAAAUUAUAAACUAUUUCAUUAUCCAUAAUGGAGAUACAGACUUCUGGCAAACCAAUUGAUUCUUUACUAGAAAAGGUCCUCUGUAUGAACAUUCUUUCUUCUGAUUACUUCAAAGAGCUUUACCGAUUAAAGACAUACCAUGAGGUGGUCGACGAAAUUUACAAUCAAGUUGAUCACGUGGAGCCAUGGAUGACUGGAAAUUGUCGUGGUCCUUCGACAGCAAUCUGUCUUCUUUACAAGUUUUUCACUAUGAAACUCACCGUCAAACAAAUGCAUGGGCUCUUAAAGCAUCCGGAUUCUCCUUAUAUUAGAGCAAUUGGGUUCCUCUACUUGAGAUAUGCUGCAGAUCCAAAGACUUUGUGGAAUUGGUUCGAGCCAUAUGUUAAAGAUGAGGAGGAAUUCUCUCCUGGAUCUAAUGGACGAAUGACCACAAUGGGUGUGUAUGUGCGUGAUUUGCUUCUUGGACAGUACUACUUUGAUACCCUUUUCCCCCGCAUCCCUGUUCCUGUAAUGCGCCAGGUAGUAGCUAAUCUCGAGAAGUUGAAGCUCCCCACCAAACAUACUGGUGUGACAGGGGAUUCCACCCGACAUGGUUCUGAUGACACUGCCCGCCGGCCACCCUCUGUGAAAGCUGCACUUUCUGUAUCUUUUGGUCAGCGUGCUCCUCAUCGUGCUUCUACCAGGGACUCGUCACCUGUUCGUCGUACCCUACCACCAGCCCCUCAUGAUAGAGCCAGCAGUGAUGAUCUGCGAAGAUCACCCCGGGCCCGUCGCAGCCAGAGCCGUGAAUAUUCUGAUAGAGAAUAUUCAGACAGGGAUAGGGUUCGGGACCGGGAUCGAGAUAGAGAUAGAGAUAGGGACGGGGACAGGGACAGGGACAGGGAUCGAGAUCGAUAUCGGGAUCGAGAAAGAGAAAGAGACCGAGAUCAAGAAAAGGAUAGGGACCAAGAUCGGCAUCGAGAGAGAUACAGGAACCGGGACCGAGACUGGGAUAGAGACAGGGACAGAGUCAGGGAGAGGGAGAGAGAGCAGAGUCAUGAUUAUGACAGGCAGUCCAAAUAUGCAGAGAGAGAAAGUAGAAGGGACCAUGAGAGGAGCAGCCGUGAUGCUGGUAGGCAUUAUCGAAGUAGGAGCAGAAGUAGAAGCAGGAGCAGAAGUCGGAGCUUGCAAGCUGGCCUUGCACAUGGUGAUCGUCAUUCGAGUCCACAAAAAGAUGGGAGCAAGGAGAAGACAUCUGCAUCUAGCAAUCUAGCAAAACUUAAGGAUCUCUAUGGUGAUUUAGGUGAUCAGAAAGGUGAUGCUAAUAUGGAAAGGGCUCCUAGGAGGGAUAAUGGUGGUGAAGAAGUAAUUAGACUUGGUGGUUCAACUUGGAAAUAGCGCAAAGUGGUUCACAUGCAAUUCCUUUGUAUCAGAUGGGUUAUCGAAGUCUUUAAUUAAUCAGGUUAGCUCCUUGUUUGAAUGAAGAAAGUCCAACACCUUCAUGACUUGGUCCCUUCACUGUAUCUCACUCUCUUCUCACUCAAUAUGUGAAGGGAUGUUGAUUGGUGGAUGCUAUCCACACCAGCUCAUGUAUUGCAUGCUUGCUGUUGCGGGGCUUCCUGUAUAUUAUAUGUUAUUCAGUUUUUCUUUUGCUACUGUUGCAUUCUCUUUAAUGCUGCAUAAUUGGAUAAUUUUGGAGACGCCUGUGGAACAUGUAAUAGCACAUUUAACUGAUAAAAUGUGAGAGAAAAACUACUUUGGGUGUCA